AUGAUUGUUUAUUUCGCAUUUUGUUUGAGUAUUGAAGCUUUCAAGUUUGAUAGAACUCAACAAACAGAGAGAAUCUCAGGUAGUGCUGGCGAUGUCUUGGAAGAUGAUCCAGUUGGAAGGUUAAAGGUUUUUGUGUACGAGCUUCCCAGCAAAUACAAUAAAAAAAUUCUGCAAAAGGACCCACGAUGCCUCACUCAUAUGUUUGCUGCUGAGAUUUUCAUGCAUCGCUUCCUUUUAUCGAGUCCCGUCCGAACCCUAAAUCCCGAGGAAGCAGAUUGGUUCUAUACACCUGUAUAUACGACUUGUGACCUGACACCAAAUGGUCUCCCUUUACCAUUCAAAUCACCUCGUAUGAUGAGGAGUGCUAUACAGCUUAUUUCUUCCAACUGGCCUUACUGGAAUAGAACUGAAGGGGCCGAUCACUUCUUCAUUGUGCCUCACGAUUUUGGUGCAUGCUUUCACUAUCAAGAAGAAAAAGCUAUUGAAAGAGGUAUUCUUACAUUGCUCCAGCGUGCUACCUUGGUUCAAACUUUUGGACAACGUAACCAUGUUUGCUUAAAGGAUGACUCCAUUACAAUUCCUCCAUAUGCUCCUCCGCAGAAAAUGCAAACCCAUUUAAUCCCGCCUAGCACUCCUAGGUCCAUCUUUGUUUACUUCCGUGGUUUGUUUUAUGAUGUGGGAAACGACCCAGAAGGUGGCUAUUACGCAAGGGGUGCACGAGCAUCGGUAUGGGAGAAUUUUAAGAACAAUCCUCUAUUUGACAUCUCAACAGAGCACCCAAGUACCUACUAUGAAGACAUGCAAAGGGCUGUUUUUUGUUUGUGCCCACUUGGAUGGGCUCCAUGGAGUCCUAGAUUGGUAGAAGCUGUCAUUUUUGGUUGCAUCCCUGUUAUCAUAGCAGACGAUAUUGUCUUGCCAUUUGCUGAUGCAAUUCCCUGGGAAGAUAUAGGGGUGUUUGUAGCUGAGAAGGAUGUUCCUAAGUUGGAUACAAUUCUCACUUCAAUUCCGAUUGACGAAAUAUUGAGGAAGCAGAGAUUACUUGGCAACCCUUCGAUGAAGCAGGCGAUGUUAUUCCCACAACCUGCACAGCCGAGGGAUGCUUUCCAUCAGAUUCUGAAUGGACUUGCUCGCAAGUUGCCACAUGAUAAGAGAGUAUAUCUGAAACCGGGUGAGAAGAUCCUUAACUGGACAGCGGGUCCAGUUGGUGACCUCAAACCUUGGUUCGUGCAGAUGUCAAUUGACACACAAUUAGAAUUUGAUACGUACACAAAUUCAGAUAACUUACUCAACGCAGAUGUUCGCAAGGCAAGGAAAGCAGAGCUGAAAGAGAUGAAGCCAUUGGCGACUAGAAGGAAGCUCUCAAAUUCCUUGCUGCUUGGAAUUUUGUCCAUGCUUUCCGGUACCGACGCAGUAGCAGUGCAUUUUUUGGAAGCUUCAGGCAUGGACAGUGAAGUCGACGGCGAGGACGGCAACAAUGAUAAGCACAACCAUAGUAACCAAGAAACUGAACACGGGUACGACUAUAUUGUGGAAGUCGAUUCUAACAGUGGAAUGGAGAUUAACUCAUUGGAGGAUCAAGUGAUGAGCAUAACAUCUCCUCCACCACCUCAAGCGUUUGGGACACGAUACAGUAUGGAACUUCUUCUAAGGUUCUACCCUCUUGCUUCUGACCUCAGAACCCUAAUUGGUUCUUCUGUGUUCGCUCUGUUGCUCAUUCGAACAUGGUGGAUUGGCAGCUCCAUGGCGAUGGCGCCUUCGUGGUGGUGGAUGCGACCUUCGGGGUCUUUCAUGGUAGUGGAGAGAUGGUCGAUGGAACUGGGAGCCUCCUUCCUUCAUGGUAGUGGAGCGAAGGGCGAUGGCGCCAGGAGCCUUCCUUUGUGGUGGUGGGACGAUGGGCGAAGGCGACGGGGCGCCGGGGGCCAACGAUUUGGGGGAAUGAAGGGUUUGAAUUGGGUUUAA